AUGGCUACGUUAGCCGCUGAAUGCGAUAGGUUUAAAAUAGACGUAAUUGGCAUUAGCGAAGUCAGAUGGAAUGGUACAGGUGAAUUCACAAACCAAAAGGGAGGUGUACUUAUGUACUCCGGCAUGCCCGACGAACAAGACCCUCACAUCCGAGGCGUUGCAGUUUACGUAAGAAAAAAUGUUAAGCACUCAAUCUUAUGCUGGAAAGCUAUAUCCGAAAGAAUAAUAGUAGUACGUUUUCGCGCAAAGAAAUUCAAUAUGUCUCUAGUACAAUGCUAUGCUCCAACAGAAGAUAGUCCACUUGACCAAAAAGAAGUUUUUUACAGUGCGCUAGAAAGAACGCUCUCUGAAAUUCCUAGAACCGAUGUAAUUAUUCUUAUGGGCGAUUUCAAUGCCCAAAUUGGCGGAAAUAACUCAGAGUAUCGAACUGUAAUGGGUUCUCAUGGUAUUGGAACAUGUAACGAGAAUGGGGAGCUGUUUUUGGAACUUUGUAUGAAUUAUGAUCUCAGGAUUGGAGGAUCCCUAUUUCCUCAUAAAACGUGUCACAAGGUCACUUGGAAGUCCCCUGCUGGCAACUUCGAAAGUCAAAUUGAUCAUAUCUGCAUUUCAAAACGAUGGAGUAAAGUUCUAUGUGAUGUCAGAAACAAAAGAAGCGCUGAUAUCGACAGUGACCACUAUUUAGUGGUGGCCGAACUGAAAUUUAAUAUACCUAAACAUAGGUAUGAACACCCGCAGCAUACACGGCGCACGUAUAAUACCACAAAGCUUAAUGUUGGAGCGGUAAAGAAUGAAAUGAUCGAACGUAUUAACAACGUCAGUUUGAUGGAGGAUGCUUCUAUUGAGGAAACGUGGCUUCAUAUUAAAACAAAUCUCGAAGAGAUCUGCAAGGACACACUGGGCUACCGUAAAAACGAGCAAAACGAAUGGUUGUCGGCAAACUCUUGGGAGCUCAUUGCUCAAAGAAGGUGCGUUAAAACGAAAAUGUUAAGCGAGGCAGAUCCGUUUAAAAAAGCCGAAUACAACAUAACGUACAGAAGUCUCAGUAGGCAGAUCAAGAAAGCAGUCAAAAGCGACAAGAGAAACUAUUACGUUGAACUAAGCAUGAAAGCGCAAGCAGCAUCAGAAAAGGGCGACAUGAAGGAGCUGUUUAAGUUAACUAAACAACUAGGUGGAAAAUCUUUCCAAAGCAGCGCUCCAAUUGAAAAUGAAAACGGACAGCUGGUGUUUGCUAAGAACGAGCAGGCAGAAGUAUGGAAAAGACAUUUUGAGAAAACCCUAAAUAUCAUACACAACGAAAGUGGCGAGCUCACAAUACGAAGACAUCUAAAUCCUAACAGAUUUAGAGUGCGACAGGGUUGCGCCCUCUCACCGUUACUGUUUAUCACAGUGCUAGACGUCGUUUUAGAAGCUGUAGAAGAAAGCCCAAUCGGCAUUGGUUGGAAGCUGAAUCAAAAGCUUGGUCAUCUUGAAUAUGCAGACGAUGUAGUAUUGUUAACAAACAGACACACUGAUAUGCAAACUCUUGUUAAUAACGUAUGUGAGCAGUCAUAUAAAGUCGGCCUAAAAAUUAACGCCUCUAAGACAAAAACAAUGAGAACAAAAGCAAGCAAUCAAUCGCCCAUCCUUCUGUACGAUCAAAACAUUGAAGACGUGCAGGAACUCGAAUACCUGGGGAGUAUAGUCAACAGCGAGGGUGGCACGUCAAAGGACAUCGGCAGUAGAGUGAAAAAGGGAAAUGGCUCUUUCGCAUCGCUUAACAAAAUCUGGAAAGCCAACAAUCUUAUUGUGCUUUUAGCUGGCUACUUGAGCUGGUUACCAUGA